AUGAUCGAUACUACUUUCGCCGUUUCGUCGCCUUCAUACAACACAAGUGGACGCCAGCUUAGAUAUGAAGAAUCACCUUCACAGCGCAAUGCUAGGCACCAUUUCAUCAGGCAAGGAGAGGGACAAAGGCGCGUGGAAGACUGGGUGCGAGGGCAGCAGGAGCAGAAGCGGUCGUUGUGGGGAGUCAUGACAGUUCCUGAGGUUCACAGGGAGCCAUACGUCCACCAUCCCAAUCUCUUCACCAUUCCAGAAGAUCCCAUCCGUUCCAGUUCGCCUGGAUACUUGGUGCCACCAUAUAUUCAUUCCGAUGAGGAAGAGCCCUUCGUUCUCUACUCCUCAGCACCGUCUUUCUAUAAUUCCCAGAUCAUAUAUUCGACCCCCCUACCGUCGCCUGCAAAAAAAUCGUCGCGUCGGCCCAAACAUAUGCGACACCGACAACGUCUGUGCGGUUUGGACUCUAUUCCAGAGGAAAUCAUUGUGGGGUAG